CAUGCCGCUUGCUCUUGUUAUAUAGCUAAGAUUGCAACAAAAACUGAUCCCCUUCCUUUAGCCGUUGCGGAGCCACCUACGCCAUCCAUGUCGCAUUUCAUCGAUCCGUUUCUGGAUGACGUCCAAUCAGCAUCUGAAAUUAACGGACAAGAUGACCCUCGGUACUACGCCAAUGACCCCAAAUCUUUGGUCAGUCAGUCGAAAGUGCACUCCUUUAUCAACGGGACCGGUUCUGCUGUCUACAAGUCCCUCGUACCGCUCCUCGAAUCAACGAACCACGAGCUUAUUCUAGUGACAUGUUUCUGGGCUCGCUCAGACACAUUGGAGUCCCUCAAAGAUGUUUUGCUCAAACUCUCCGACAAAGCAGUCCGCCGUGGUACUGAGAAGAUCCGCGUUCAACUAUGCUUUUCAUCCUCAUCCCUCUUCCAGAAGCUCUUCCACAAACAGACCACCCUCGGCCAAGAGUAUCCUCCAUCAGAUUGGGCAAAGAAAUUAGAUUUACCAGAAAAGUCUGAGCUCGGCGGCCUGGAACUCUCCGUCAAGUCAAUUUUCAUCCUUCCGUUCAGCGUUAUGCAUCCGAAAUAUGUAAUCAUCGACCGGCAAACCGUCGUAUUACCAUCUUGCAACAUCAGCUGGGAAGAGUGGUUCGAGGGCGCACUCGUUUUCUCCGGGCCCAUUGUGUCGCAAUUUACAAAGUUCCAUACCGAAUUCUGGACACGCCAAUCGCCCCUUCCGUUACCCGCUACUUCCCCUUCAGAAGUGGUUGCGCAGCCUUCCGAACCCGGCCUCUCCAACCUAUCUCAUGCACACACCAUAACGCACUUUCCGCUCUCUUCUUCACCGUCUAUUCCUACAAUCUUCCUUCCCAGCCCUCAUCGUCGUAACCCGCAAUUCCGCCCAUUUGCCUCCGCCUCUAAUAUCACUCCACCACCUACCCCCCUCAACACCUUCUUCCUGGCCCUUCUCGCCAAAGCCACCUCCAGGGUAACCAUCCAAACACCGAACGUCACCUCUCCACCUGUUCUCUCUGCCAUUCUCUCCGCCUUAGCUCGUGGCAUAGACGUACACAUCCGCACCUCAGCACGCCUGAUGAUCUUGGAGCAACUCGUUACCGCGGGCACAACUACAUCACGCUGUGUCAAAACGCUCAUCAAACGCUACAAGAGACUCGUUCACUCCUCUCAAGCUUCUUCAUUGAGCACAAACGAUGAAGAAGCCGCAAUCGCCAUUUCUCCCUCUCGCCCAGGGCGUCUGCGCAUUGAGUUUUUCGAGCCGCUGGAUGGAGCGAAGAAACGGGGCCAGGAAGGUGGCGAACCCCAGCAAAGCCAUCUGAAGAUGACAUGUGUGGACGGUGAGGUGGUGGUACUGGGCAGUGGGAAUCUCGAUCGUGCGAGUUGGUUCACGAGUCAAGAGCUGGGUGUUGCGUUCUUUGAUAAGAAUCUGGUGGAGAGUAUAGAGCGGAGCGUUGGAGAGGCGAUGAAUGGCAGAACAAGAACGGUAUUCGAUAGUGAAGAGUCGGGCAUGACAUCGUGA